UGUCUGUGCUGCUAGGCACCUAGCCAGCCUGGUCCCAAUGGCCUUGGUGGGAGCUCUGGGCAGCAGGAGAAGCCUUCUGGGUUGAGGUGUCCAUCAGCUCCCUGGGCUUGGGGCUACCUUGAAGCCCUCUGCUUUCUGCUCCCACCAGGGCUGUGCCCAGUUGGUUGGGGGCACGAGAAAGCUGGCUCUGCCUGUGCAUUUUAUGGCAUUCCCUUCUGUGUGUCCACCAGCCGCACCAGAGGACAUGCCCAUCUGGGAGCAGGACGUGGAGGAGCAGCUCACUGCCUUGGACAUGCUCAUUGCCCAGCCUGCAGCGCUGGCCACAGGGGCCACAGAGCAGCAGGUGCUUCAGCAGAAACCUGGGGAGCUGGAGAAGAUGCUGACCAAGGUGGAGCUUGAAGGGAAGAACCAGCCCUUCAGAAAGGCCAUUGUGCAUGUGACUGUCCUGAGGGUCCAGCCCUCUCAGGCUCCUUGGAAUCUGGUCUUUGCUUCCCAAAGAGAGGAGGUCAGAGAGGUCCAUGGUAUCACAGUGGACAUGCCGAGCAGCCUGUUUGUGAUGGCAAAGGGGAGGGAGGAGGUGGCAGAGCACAGGGUGCUCCUGGUGGACAUCAGCAGCCAGACCAUGUCACAGGAUGAAAACAGCAGCCACGUCCUGGGUAACAAGGUGGUUGACAUCUCCUUGGUGGAUACAGUGGUGGCCAACCUCUCCAACCCAGUGGUCCUCACUUUCUUCCAUGGCCAGCUGCCAAUCACGAGCAUGCACAUCCACAUGAACCUCCUGGGCACCAUCUUCCUGCUGGAUAUCACCUUCCUCAUCUCUGAGCAGUUGGCUUCCAGCAGCAGCAGGGCUGUCUUCAGAGCUGGUGGGCUCUUCCUGUAUUUCCUCCUGAGCUGCCAUGCCUGGGUGGUCAUCGAGGGCUACAACCUCUACUAGCUUGUGAUUGAAGUCUUCAGGACCUACCAUGACCACUUCCUCCUCAAGAUCUGCCUGGUGGGCUGGGGUGAGACUCCCCUUUGUGUGAUGCUGAUCUUCAUGGCCAGCUGGAGAAACUACGGCCCCUUCUCCAUUCUCAUCUAUGAAUCUGUUGGUGGCAAAUCCACCAAUGCAACCAUAUGCUGGAUCAUAAGCCCUCUGAUCCAUAACAUUGUGAACCCGGGUUUCUUCAGCCUGGUGUUCUUUAACUCGGUCAUGCUGGGGGCCAUGGUCCAGGAGAUCCUCCAGCAGAACAACAAAGGCCACCAGCUCAAGCAUGAACUCACCCUCUUUGGGCUGAGCAUCCUGCUGGGCAUUCCCUGUGCGGUCUUCUUUUCCUUCACCUCUGGCAUCUUCAGCCUCAUCUCUCUCUACCUCUUCACCAUCAUCAACUCCCUCCAAGGUUUCCUCAUCUUCCUCUGGUACUGGACCAUGGUGCUGAAGGUGAGGAAGUCCUCUGAUUUGUAGAACAGCUCCAACAGCAUCGAACUGCAGCCCAAGAUCAGGCAGAGCGCCACUGUGGCUGCGCUACUCCAAGGACAACUGCAGGAAGGACCAACACCAUCUGCUUUGCUACCACACCCACCUCAGGGGCUGCUGGAGCCCAG